GUACUUUGCGUGGAUCGAGCGACUGAAUUCCACCUGCUAAUUCAUUGCGACAGACUGCGAUCCUCCUCUCCAUUGCACACUCCUCCUCGCCACCAUGAACGGCGUUCAGCAGCCAUACGACGGCGUCACCCUCAAGAAGCCGGAAGCAGAGCCCGCUCUGCAGGCGCACGCGAACGGAACCAGCAAUGGCGAUGCCGACGAGCACUUCGAGGACCCCUCGACUGCCCUGGAGGCAUUGAAGGUGUACGGCGAAAAGGAUGGCAUCUCCGUGUACGACCUCAUGGACAAGAAGAAGAUGGGCGGUCUGACCUACAACGACUUCCUCAUGCUCCCGGGCUACAUUGGCUUCCCUGCCAGCGAUGUCGACCUGACCUCCAAGCUGACGCGCAACAUCACCCUCAAGACCCCGUUCACUUCUUCGCCCAUGGACACUGUCACCGAGCACAACAUGGCCAUCCACAUGGCUCUUCUCGGCGGUGUGGGUGUCAUCCACCACAACUGCUCCGUCGAGGAACAAGCCGAGAUGGUCAGGAAGGUCAAGCGCUUCGAGAACGGCUUCAUCACAGACCCCAUUGUUCUUUCACCCACUGCCACCGUUGCAGACGCAAUCGCAUUGAAGGAGAAGUGGGGCUUUGGUGGUUUCCCGGUUACCGAGAGCGGCCAGCUCAAGAGCAAGCUGAUCGGUAUCGUCACGCCUCGAGACACCCAAUUCCACGCCAACCUCGACUCUCCUGUCACCGAAAUCAUGUCGACCGACCUCGUUACCGCACAGCAGGGCGUGAGCCUGACCGAGGCCAACGCCAUCCUGAGCAAGAGUAAGAAGGGCAAGCUGCCAAUUGUGGACAACACCGGCAACCUCAUCUCUCUGCUCAGCCGCAGCGAUUUGAUGAAGAACUUGAACUACCCUCUGGCGACCAAGGUGCCAGGCACGAAACAGCUACUCUCCGCUGCUGCCAUUGGCACGCGACCUGCCGACAAGGAGCGUCUGGCGGCACUCGUCGAAGCCGGCCUCGACGUGGUCAUUCUCGAUUCGAGCCAGGGUAACUCCAUGUACCAGAUCGAGAUGAUCCAAUGGAUCAAGCAAAACUUCCCCAAGCUCGACGUCAUCGGCGGCAACGUUGUUACUCGCGACCAGGCUGCCUCGCUGAUCGCAGCUGGUGUCGAUGGUCUCCGUAUUGGUAUGGGAGCGGGAUCUGCCUGCAUCACACAGGAGGUCAUGGCUGUUGGCCGUCCACAAGCCACCUCCGUCUUCUCGGUCACGCAAUUCGCCAGCAAGUUUGGCAUUCCUUGCAUUGCCGACGGUGGUAUUCAGAACGUUGGACACAUUGUGAAGGCCAUCGCUCUCGGUGCCAGCACCAUCAUGAUGGGUGGUCUGCUCGCAGCCACAACCGAGUCUCCAGGUGCCUACGUCGUUGGUCCUGACGGUCAGCUCCGCAAGACAUACCGUGGUAUGGGCUCGAUCGAUGCCAUGGAGGACAAGAAGGCCGGCGGUUCUGGCGACAAGGCGAACAACACCGCUAAGAAUGCCGGUACUGCACGGUACUUCUCCGAGGGUGAUAAAGUCCUCGUUGCACAGGGUGUCUCUGGUUCCGUGCUGGAUCGUGGCUCUGUCACCAAGUUCCUGCCAUACCUCUCGGCUGGUCUGCAACACUCGCUCCAAGAUGCCGGCGUCAAGAGUGUGAGCGCUCUGCAGAAGGGCGUUCGAUCGGGUGAUGUGCGAUUCGAGUUCCGAACUGCUUCUGCGCAGGCGGAGGGUAAUGUGCAUGGUAUGGUGGGCGUGGAGAAGAAGCUCUACAGCUAGGCUGGGAAAACGGUCUCUGCAUGAACCGGAUGACCAAAAGGCGUUUUCCCGCGGCCUCGGGUGGAGUUUGUACUUUUUCGCUGGUCCAUAUGUUGGAUAGCUACGCUGUUAUGACAAUUUACGGUGCUGUAUACUUGAACGGUGAAUGGCGUCAGCUCAUCGUUGAUGUCACAUUACUUCCUGCCUUUACAUGCUCCUCUUUGGUCCUCGGUUCGUGUCUUUUCGUAAUGACAUUGCGCUGCACAUGCAGCUGACGCUCGUCGUGUUGGACAUGGCUGAAUUUACAAAAGACGGCCAGGCACACAAAGCAAGAUAUCAGGAUCAUCUCA